GCAUCCCUGCCUGCCAGAGCAGCCCCUUCCCCCCCUCCACCUGCGGAGCCCUUGGCUUUGUCCCGUGUUUCUCCCCAUCCCCUGGCUCGGGGGUGCUGGAUGCGGCCGCGGGGAGCGGAGUCUGGUCUGGAGCUGCGCUAGAGGAGGGACCUGCCGCAGGUCCUUGGUGCAGGUUGGUGCUUCAGGAUGGACCCACUCUUCCCUGCCCACAUUUUUGAAGACCCUGACCUGAGAAAGCUGCUGAAUGACUCCUCCAUGCUCAACCUGAGCUUUCUCCCCAGCAACUGGUUCAACAACAGCACGGGGGACAGCUUCCUGCCACUCAGCAUCAAGAUCACCAUCGUGGUUGUCUACUCCAUCGUGUGCAUUGUGGGGCUGGUGGGCAACUGCUCCGUCAUGUAUGUGAUCGUCAGAUUCACCAAGAUGAAGACAGCAACCAACAUUUACAUCUUUAACCUUGCUCUGGCUGAUACCCUGUGCCUGAUGACCUUACCUUUCCAGGGUACAGACACGUUUCUGGGCUUCUGGCCCUUUGGCAACGUCCUCUGCAAGAUUGCCAUCUCUAUAGACUACUACAACAUGUUCACAAGCACCUUCACGCUGACCAUGAUGAGUGUGGAUCGCUACAUUGCUAUCUGCCACCCUAUCAAAGCCCUGGACAUCCGCACUCCCCACAAGGCCAAGGUGGUGAAUGUCUGUAUCUGGGCACUGGCUUCUGUCUUUGGCAUCCCAGCGAUGGUGAUGGGAUCUGCGGAGAAUGAAAACAAUGAAAUUGAUUGUCUAAUUAAACUCCCCUCACCCGUGGACUAUUGGGAUCCAGUGUUUGGCAUCUGCGUCUUUCUCUUCUCCUUUAUGAUCCCCGUGUUGAUCAUCACCAUUUGCUACAGCCUCAUGAUCAGACGACUCAAGAAUGUCCGUGUGCUCUCAGGCUCCAAGGAGAAGGACCGAAACCUGAGGCGCAUCACCCGAAUGGUCCUGGUGGUGGUGGCAGUCUUCAUCAUUUGCUGGACUCCCAUCCAGAUUUUCGUGCUGGUCCAGUGCUUGGGUGCCAAGGCAGAAAGUGAGCUCGAGCUGGCCAUCUCCUGCUUCUGCACUGCGCUCGGCUACGCCAACAGCAGCCUGAACCCUGUGCUCUAUGCCUUCUUGGAUGAGAACUUCAAGGCAUGCUUCAAGAAGUUCUGCUUCCCCACCGCCUUCAGGACCGAGCUCCAGAUGUCCAACAGGAUGUGCAGCAUUGCCAAGGAUGUUGCCUAUGCCUGCAAGAACUCAGAGGGGACUAACAAUCCGGCCUGA